AGAGGGAGCCGAGGUGUGGACAAAUCCGGGAAACAGCCUGACCCAUUAACCCAGGCCGGUUCGAUACCAUCGGAGAAUUGGGGCUUCGCCGCCGCAGUUUAUCAUCCCUUCUCCAUUCGCAAUUGCAAUCUUCGGAAUCGUCGGCGGCAAUCAUGAUCAGCAUUGUUACUCAGGAGCGUCUUCUUGGCGCGGCCUUAGGAGCAACCUUCACGGCUUUGGUCGUUCUCGAGAAUCGAAAGGCUGUACACAGAUCGAUUGCUUACGACAAUCCUGUUCAUCAUGAGCCUAUAGAGAACAUGCUUGGGAAAAAUAUUUCUUCUGAAUUUGCUCACAUGUGGAACAAAGGGAUAGACAUGACACUGGGGAAGCUAGUUGUCUACCUAAGCAACCGAGGAUGGUAGUGAGUAAAAUUGAACAUUUUACUCAAUUCGCAAAGCAGGCUUUGUUAUAGUUGCUUCAAUAUGAAUGGUGUUUUUUCUGGCAUGAUGUUAAUGUCAUUAAUGCUAUCAUUUGGUAUUUCUUUGUUGAACUCUUGAAUGUCGACCUGAAUCUAUGUUUGCUGAAGUUUUACACAGCAAAAAUCCAAUGUCUGCACCGGAAAUUAAGCUUAAGAAGUGCAUAAUGUUUUCAUGUCAUAA